UCUUGGUAAUAUAUAUCACACUAGCUUGUAGUUAUAGUUUCUCUAUAAAACAGCCUUUCAAUCUGGCCUGAGGCUAGCUAAGAUCGAUUUGAAUACCUCACAGCCAUGGGAGAAAAGGGUAUAACAAUAAUGGAGCUGAAGGUUGAUCUUCAGUGCCGUCGCUGCUACAAGAAGGUGAAGAAAGUUCUAUGUAAAUUCCCUCAAAUACAUGACCAGAUCUACGACGAGAAGAAUAACACUGUGAGAAUCAAAGUCGUUUGCUGCUGUCCUGAAGAGAUUAUGCAAAAGAUACGCUGCAAGGGUGGCAAUUGCAUUAUGUGCAUUAAGAUCGUACCACCGCCCCCGCCCCCGCCCCCGCUCCCGUCACAGCGCCCGCCUCCGCCACCUAAGCCUCCUUGCGAGGUUCCUGUGCUUGUACUGGUUUGCCCACUGGUUUACGCGAUUGGUGUGUGUUGUACGGAAUGUUCUGAGGGUGUUAGUGGGGGCCCGUGCUUUCAAGGCCAUGGCCAGCCACGCCCAUGUUCUGUGGGCUAUGGGCUGCCAGUGUGUGAUAGUUAUGGUGGCGGUUGGCAUAGGGGUUGCUAUGUGAGCCGCUGUGAUUACUUUUGUGAAGAAUAUUCACCGGGAUGCACAGUCAUGUAA